AUGUCUGAUAAGAAAAUCGCCAAAAGAGCUGGACAGCUUACCAGUAAUGAAACAGCAAAGCAAAUUGCACAAGCUCUUUGUGAUUUAGAGACUACAGUUGUAGAUUUAAAAAAAGAAUUAAAACCUUUACAAAUCACUGAUGCCAAAGAGUAUGAAUUAGGUGAAGGAAAAAAGGCUAUUGUGAUUUUUGUUCCAGUUCCACUUUUAAAACAAUUUCAUAACAUUCAACCAAAGCUCACACGUGAAUUAGAAAAAAAAUUUUCAGAUAGCCACGUUAUGUUUAUUGCAGAUAGAAGAAUUCUACCUAAACCAGGCCAUAGAUCUCGUGUUAAACAAUUACGUCCUCGAUCACGUACUCUUACCUCAGUACAUGAAAAAUAUUUGGAGGACUUGGUAUAUCCGAUAGAAAUUAUUGGGAAAAGAACACGUGUUAAGACAGAUGGCAGCAAAGUCAUUAAAGUACGCCUUGAUAGCAAAGAUCAAUCAUUGGAGCAUAAGAUCGACACUUUUAAAGCUGUUUACAAGAAUCUUACUAGUAAAGAUGUCCAAUUUGAGUUUUAUGCUUAUCCACUUGAAUAA